AUGUUUUUCAACGAUCCUUUUUACACAACCAGCUUUCGACCAAAUUACAGCUCUAUGGCUCAGUAUGCCGACAGAACUUGUAACUGUCCUGAUUGUCGUCCUCCUCGGCGUCAACCUCGGCAGCAACAACGGAGAACACAACCAGUUCGACAACAACAACGACUUUUUCAAGAUCCGUUUUUCGAAGAAUUCCAACCUUCGAGAACUGUCCGACAAGAAAGGCCAAAGAAAAAUCAGCCUUCCAAGGCAAAUAAUUCUCAAUCAAAAUCAACGAAACCGCCCGUUCCGAAACCACAGAAGGCAAGAACAAAGAAGAAACCAGUGGAAAUUCCUGUAGAGAUCGUCAAAGAAGGUCAACCUGUGCAAGAAAAGGUUGGCGAUAGAAAAAUUUUGACAAAUAUGGAGAACCUAGUAAUAGAAGAACUUUCAACGCCGAUUGAAAUCAAAGAAGAUCCUUUUUAUGCUGACGAAGAAAUCGUCAUAGAAUGA